CCAGCAUGGAUGCGGCUCGGUUGUUCAUCUCUUGCCCAUGGGCUGGGCCCCCAGCAUUGUGGACAUGGUUUGGUCGCCCGCAGGGGGCGGUCAACAAAAAAAAAUGAAACGGGGUGAAGAAAAGUGUGGUCUGUCCCGUCUGCCGCAGGCUGUUCUUCUCUCCCCUUCCUCAUCCCCUCCUUUCACCGCUCCCUUACCCCAGAUUUCCCGUUGCCAAUCUUCACGAUGGCGACCACGACGACCACGACGACGAGAAGCCGCAGGGCCGCUAGCGAGGUCAAGUCGGCGCCUAUCAAGCUCGUCGAAGGGCCCCAGUACCCCGACAUCCAGACCAUCCGCGACGCCAUCCCCGCCCACUGCUUCGUGCCGUCCACUUGGCGCUCCCUGGGCUAUGUCGUCCGCGACGUGAGCAUGGCGGCGGCCCUCGCCUGGGCGGCCUUCACCUACAUCCCGCAGAUCGAGGACUUUGCCUGGCGCACCGCCGCCUGGAUCGUCUACGGCUACGUCCAGGGCCUCGUCUGCACCGGCAUCUGGAUCCUGGCGCACGAGGCCGGCCACGGCGCCUUCUCGGUCCACCAGAAGCUCAACGACGUCGUCGGCUGGGUCCUGCACUCGGCGCUGCUGGUGCCCUACUUCAGCUGGAAGUUCUCCCACCACCGCCACCACCGCUUCACCGGCCACAUGGAGAAGGACAUGGCCUUCGUCCCCCACACCAAGGCGGACCGCCAGAAGCGGAGGCUGGCCGACCUGUACCUGGACCGCGAGCUGUUCGAGGACGUCCCGGUGGUGCAGCUGUUCAAGCUGGUGGUGCACCAGCUCGCGGGCUGGCAGAUGUACCUCCUGUUCAACGUCUCGGCCGGCCGCGACAGCCAGCAGAGCAAGGCCAGCUGGUGGCGCGUGAGCCACUUCGAGCCCACCAGCGCCGUCUUCCGCUCCAGCGAGGCCCUGUACGUCGCCAUCACCGAUGUCGGUCUUGCCAUUGUCGCCGGCCUGCUCUACCUCGCCUCUACCGUCGUCGGCUGGAAGAUGGUCUUCCUGAUGUACGCCGUGCCGUAUUUCUGGGUCCACCACUGGCUAGUUGCCAUCACCUAUCUGCACCACACCCACCCCGAGGUCCACCACUUCGAGGCCGACAGCUGGACUUUCGUCAAGGGUGCCCUGGCCACGGUUGACCGCGACUUUGGCUUCGUCGGCCGCCACCUCUUCCACGGCAUCAUCGACACCCACGUCAUCCACCAUCUCUUCCCGAGAAUCCCCUUUUACAAGGCCGAGGAGGCCACCGAGGCCAUCAAGCCGCUGCUAGGGGACCUGUACCACCGCGAGGAGCGCUCCUUCAUGGGCCAGCUGUGGUCGACCUUCACGCAGUGCAAGUAUGUCGAGGCGGACCCCGCGGCGCCUGGUGCGCUGAAGUGGGCGGAGAAGAAGUAACCGGGAUGCGUUGCACGUAUGAUGUUUGCGUAGAUACCCUUGGUCAUGUGGCAAGAUUUGGGUAUAGAUGAUAGAGAAAGAUAGACAUAGACUGGGCCGGACCGCUGUAAC